AUGGAAGAUUCGAAAGAGCCCACCUUCCGCUCCUACAACCAAAAGCAAGGAGCAGCCUAUUCUCAAAAUCGACCAACAUAUCACCCAAACCUAUACAAAACAAUUAUAGACUACCAUGUGUCCACUGGAGGCGAGCUGUCCACAGUCCUGGACGUCGGCUGUGGUCCCGGAAAUGCCGUUCGUGACCUCUCAUCACAUUUCACCCAAGCCAUCGGCAUCGACCCCUCCGACGGAAUGAUUCAAGCCGCCCGCGAUCUUGGUGGGAAUUCCUCCGACGGCAGUCCUAUCCGGUUCGAAAUCUCCACUGCUGAGGAACUUGGCUCUGGGUUGUCUUUGCCUCUACCCGAUUCCAGCGUCGACCUCAUAGUUGCUGCUACGGCGGCACAUUGGUUCGACAUGUCUCUCUUUUGGCCACGGGCUGCAAAGCUUCUCAGGCCUGGGGGUAGUGUUGCGCUGUGGGCUGCGAGAGGAGGCUAUAUCCAUUCCUCCACGCCAAACCAUGACGCUAUUCAAGACUAUAUUACAGAUAUCCAAGACCGAUUUCUCAAACCGCAUGCAAAAAAGGGAACAGAGAUUGCGUUUAAUUUAUACACAGACCUUUUACUCCCGUGGUGCUUGGAGUCGACAGAAGGCGAGUUUGACAAAAAGGCCUUUUUCCAUAAAGAAUGGAAUAAGGAUGUUAUGUGCUUGGGUGGCGAUGAAUUCUUUGCUAGUCAGCAGGUCCCGCAAUUCAUGAGUUUUGAUCUUGACAAGCUUGAGAGAAUGCUCGGUACCAAAGGGACUGUUACAAGGUGGAGAGAGGCCAAUGCGGAUAAAAUUGGAACGGAGAAGGAUAUUGUGAAACUGAUGAGGGGACAUAUUGAAGGGAUUUUAUAUGAAGCGGGGGUUCAAAAAGGCAAAGAGGAACUUAAUAUGGGAGUAGAGGGGGUGUUGAUGAUAGUGAAGAAGCACAUGUAA